UGGAUGUAUCGCUCGUGUGUUUGUAAAGUGUGACAUGGCCUCCGAAGCUGUUUAUUCGCAUAGAGAUCCUAUGCUAAAGAAGAGAGAUGACUUUGAGGAUAUUCUGGAGGAGAGGAGGAACUCCAGUGACUUAAGAUACGCUCUCAAAUGUUACACUCCUGUUCUUUACAAAGGAUUGACUCCAUGCAAAGUCAGUGAGCUGAAGCAAAUGGUGCUGCAGUCUGAUCAGCUGGGUUAUGUCAUCACUCAGGUUUCUAAAGAGAAGGGCAUGACCACAGAUGAAGUCACUGGGGAGGCGGCAGCCAUCUUGGAGGAGAUGGCUCAACGCUUGCAGCUCAGCACGGUUCGCUUCUUCGCCUUCACUCUCUCCAAAGUCUUUAAAACCUUGUUCAGGAGCAUCUGUGUCAACGAAGAGGGCCUCCAGAGACUCCAGCAGGCCAUUCAUAACCAUCCAGUAGUACUCCUGCCCAGUCACCGCAGCUACAUGGACUUCUUGUUGAUGUCGUACAUCCUGUACACCUACGACCUGGCUCUACCUGUUAUUGCUGCGGGCAUGGACUUCAUGGGGAUGAAGGUCGUUGGGGAGAUGCUGCGGAUGUCUGGAGCUUUCUUUAUUCGGAGGUCUUUUGGUGGAGAUAAGUUGUACUGGGCUGUCUUCUCUGAGUAUGUCAAGAUUAUGCUUAAGAACGGAUAUGCACCAGUUGAAUUUUUCCUAGAGGGCACAAGAAGCCGAACGGCCAAGUCUUUGACUCCAAAGUUGGGUCUGUUAAAUAUAGUGAUGGACCCAUUUCUUAAAGGAGAAGUGUUUGACAUUAGCUUGGUCCCCGUGAGUAUCAGCUAUGAGAGGACUCUGGAGGAGGCGCUUUAUGCCAGGGAGCUGCUGGGUGUGCCAAAACCCAAGGAGUCCACUUCAGGCCUGUUUAAAGCUAGAAAGAUCCUCAGUGAAGACUACGGCAGUAUCCACGUAUACUUUGGCCAACCUGUGUCUGUAAGAAGUUUAGCUGAAAGCAGAGUUAACCGCAGCCAGUUCAACCUGAUACCAAGACAUAUCCCCACGAGACCCAGUGAGGAAAUCCUCAGCUUUGUGAAUGACUCCGCCUACAGGCUGGUGCGAGCCCAGGAGGAGAACAUGGUCCUGAAGCCUUGGGUCCUUCUGGCCUUCGUCCUGCUGCAGAAACAGGCGGCGGAGGAUAAGCAAGGGACAGCACUCGAUGAGCUCACUGAACAAGCAGUGUGGCUCAGGGACCUCUCUCGGCACUACGGAGCCUUCCUCCACUGGCCGGACCACAUACCUCCCUCAGAGGUUGUUUCCUCCAGUCUUUCCCUUCAUCGAGGUCUGGUGAGGAUCUCUGAGGGAAGAGUCCAGCUGGCAUUGGAACAAGUAGGAGGUCAACAGGUGCCCGGAGAGACUCGCAGUGCCAUUACUCCAGAAGAGGAGCUCCUAAACCAGGCAGUCGUCAUACUCUCCUGCGUCUCCUACAGGAAUCAAGCACUAAACGUCUUCAUCCGACCGGCCCUGCUGGCCUCAGCCAUCCACACUGCUGCCUCCAACCGGAAACAGGAGAUCUACAACGGCUUCAGCUUCCUGAGAAACAUGUUUUCUAAUGAGUUCAUUCUCUGUCCUGGAGCUACUGUACAGGACUUUGAGGAGGCCUGUUACCUGCUGGUGAAGACCGGAGCUCUGCAAAUAAACCAGCAGGAGGUUCUGAUCACCGAGAGAGGGCACAGGACUUUGGCCUUCCUCACCAGUGUUCUCGAUCCAUUCUUACAAGGAUACCAGGUGGUGUGUCGCUUCCUGUGUGAAGAAGACUGUCUGACAGAAAAACAGUUUAUUCCUGCUGUCCGGAAGUUCAUCAUCAAACAUCUUCUCACAGGUAGAUUAAGGUAUAUUGAAGUGUUGUCAUCGGACCUCCAGAAGAAUGCUCUGGCAGCUUUGAUAAGACUUGGAGCUGUGCAGAAAAUCAAAGGAGGCGAGGAACAGGGGACUUUAAAACUCAACAAGGUGAUGUUAAACUCCUUGGAAGACACUCUUGGAGGAAAACUCCCCACUCAGAAAUCUGUUGUAGCUCACCUCUAAUUCAGCGACCCCUAUUAGCCGAAGGGCAUCGCGGACGGUUAGGGCAAUGCGCUGAUGUCGCUCUGCUCCACGUGGUUUGUUACGAGUCGUCCUGGCCUACUUGCUGUGUUCUGUGAGAGAUGGAACAAAAGACUUGCCAUCUGGAGACAGCUCAACCCUGCGUUUAGUUUUUUUUUUUCUUUAAUUUCUCUCCUUGCCUUUUUUCCAAAAUGCUUCUCAGAUUCUCCUUUUAAAACCUUUUUUAUGAAUCUACAUAAAACCACAUGAUGAGUGAAGCCUUUGAAGGUACACUGCUGAGCUUCUUUGGCUCAUUCUGAAUAACGGAUCUUUUGCUUAUGAGCGACCUUGUGAAAGCUUCUGAAUGUGCCAUCUUCACUCAGCGUAGAGGCCAUUCUCUGUUGAUGCAUUUGAAAUGUGUUUCUAACUCUGAACGUGGCUUUUGUUUUCCUCACUUUGCUUUUUCAUUCAAGCUUUAUGUUUGUUAGCUGUUAGUCACUCCUAUCCUUUUGAGCACUUUAACUAAUGUAUUCAUGCUGUGUGGUGUGGGCCUCUAUCCCAGUUGUAUGUUGUGGUGCUGGUUUCUUUGUUUUCUUGAAUUUGGAGAUUAUGUAUUUGAACUUUGGGUAAAUAUUUUAGUACCACAUACUACCCGUCUACCCACCCAUCCUCAGGCCUUUUUGCCAACUCUCCAAACUACUUGGACAAGAAGUACAUAUGUCUUUGUUUACACAGUGGAGACACUGCUACAAGUUCAAUGCCAGGGUCAUCAAGUUGCCAAACUCCAUAUACAAUUGAAGUUAUACUCAAGCACUACCAGCUGUACCAAAGCCACAGGUUUGUGGGAAAUAAAUUCUUCCUUCCUAAGUUCCUUACAAGGGAAGUAAGAAAAUUCAUAGAAGGAAUUUUCAGAAUAUUUUCAGUGGCUUAUUCAGGACUCAGGAUUACACACGAUUAGCAUGGUAACAUUUUUCAGUGAGUGUUUUUUAUUUAGUUUUUGUAGUUCAAGUUUUCGAGGUAAAACUAGAUCAUUUAUUUUGUCGACUCCUAUCUGUGCACUCCUGUUACCUUAGAAAUCCCAUCAAUUCAACAGCAGCAGAUUUGAGUUCUUGCUGGAAAAUGCUUUGGAGGCAAAGAAAAACGGUACAGAUUGGUUUAACUAUGAGCAAAGCCAAACCAAAUUUCAUGGAAAUUGCCAUCUGUGUUACAUUUGAGCUGCAACUUAACAAACAAUAAGCACAGCUUUCAGUGAUCUUGUUUGUGUGCCUAAUGUCAAAGAUUCCUGCAAAAUUUAAUGGGAAACAAAAGGUAGUACCCUAUUUAGGUUUGAGUAUAAGUAAUGUGCAAAAAAGGCAGUAAAGAACUUGACAAAUGUCAAAUAAUAUAGAUUGGUGCUGUAGUAGAAUAACUGUGGGCCUAAAAGUAAAUGGGGGGGUUGUGUAACAUUGACAGCCAAAGUAACAAAACCUUGAUAUGCAAACAGCUUUCUAUGAUGCAUAGAAAAGUUGUACGUAAAGGAAGACUUAAAUGAGGACUCUCAAAAAUGCACUGUAAUAGCAGAAGUAGUGGGUUACUUACACAUUACACCUACCUAUACCAAAAAGCUCCUGGUGCACAUGAUUGUGCUGCUGUUAAUGCCAGAGGAGGUUUGGAUCUCAGUCAGCAGAGUGAUGGUGACUAUUACUGUGCCUCAGCAUUUGGAGAACCCACAUUGCUGUAUUAGGGUAUGUGGUCUGACAUAAAACCACUUACAGCUGAUUGUGGAAUAUGUAGGAGGAAAGAAAUUUCACAAACAGACUUGUUAUAUCUGUGGCAUCCCAUUAAAGUACCACUCUCAUUCUUUUUCAAAUGUUUGUAUGGGCAGACUGAAUAACUGGAUGGUUGAUUUUAAAUACCUGUAGCAAAACGCCUUGCUUCAAAGAUUAAGACAUGUGGCCCAAUACUUUUGUCCAUAUAGUGUCUGUCAGAUUUCUGUGGUUUGGCAAAAAAGAGAAAUCGCAACAUCUUCAAACUUUUCUGCACUAAAGUGUUUAUUCAGCUUUAUUUGUUUGUCUGUUGGUCAGAUGUUGAGCUUGUAAAACUUAAAGUGAACUUUAACCUAAAGAAAAGUUUCAUUUCAUUUCAUUACGCCGACAAAAGUUCAAGUUUGUGUUCUGCGUUUGAAUUGUUUUACUUUCUCACCUCAAUAACAGCUGUCAAAUAAUGUCUAAAGAUCAGAUUUCUUUCUGUGCAUUUACAUUUUAUAGCCACAUUAUUAGAUACAUUUAUGAGAUCCAAUUCAUUUGAAUCUAUCAGCUGGUCUUUUUUUUUUUUUUUUUUGCUGUAUAGUUGUUUGAUGGGCUGCAUUACUUUUAAGUAUUCCUAAAAUUUAGACCACAACAUUUCACUUAAACAGUAUUGGAUUCCAUUAGACUGUACCUAAUAAUAUGGUAGGUCAGUGUGCAAGGGCCUUUUAGUACUAAAUGUAUAGGCUGGUUAAAUGGAAAAAGUAUGUUAAUAAAACCU